AUGACCGACCAAUACCUCAUCUGCACCGCCUGCGGCACCCAACACCCGCACAUCUCCCGCUCCUCUCUCAAGACGUGCUUCAUCUGCGACGACCCUCGCCAAUUCGUUCCUCCCUCAGGCCAAUCCUUCACCACUCUCUCUGACCUGCGUUCCUCAACAUCUCCCAAGUACAAAAACGAGUUCCACCCUUACAAGUACUCCAGCCCACAGGAAAAGUUCACCUCCUCCGCAAGAUCAAACUUAUCAAACUCAAACGGGGAGCCAAAGGAACCAAAGGGGCCAGCAACCAUCGAAGACCUCAAGCAAGCAGAACUAAUCUCCAUCACCACAACCCCCAAAUUCGGCAUCGGCCAGCGCGCCAUCCUCAUCAGAGGACUCCCUUCCGGCAAAAACGUACUCUGGGACUGCGUCGCCUACUUGGACGAUGACACCAUAAACACAAUCAAGCAGUUAGGCGGCGUGGACGCCAUGGUGAUCAGCCAUCCGCACUUUUACACGACGCACUUGGAGUGGGCGAAAACUUUCAACUGUCAGGUGUGGUUGGCUGCAGAUGACAAGCAGUGGAGGGCGAGGCUGGAUGAUGAGGGUUUGCGAAGAGAGAUUAUGGAGGAGGAAACGGUCAUCUUGGAUAAAAGCGGGGAGGAGACGGGGGUUGUGGCUGUUAAAUUGGGGGGACACUUUCCUGGGAGUUUGGUCCUUCACAUCCCUCACUCCCGCCGUUUACUCACGGCAGACACAAUCUUCACCACCCCCUCUGGUCUAUCCAAUUGGGAAGUGAACGCACUGGGGGAACCUCGCUCGCGACCCAAGGACACCAACUCGUACUCGUUCAUGUGGAGUAUUCCCAACAUGAUCCCUCUCAGCGCCGACGAGAUUGCGCGCAUGUGGGGGAUCUUGAAGAAAUAUGACUUUACGAGUACCCACGGCUUAAUCCUGGGACAGGAUAUUGAGGAGGCGGAUGUCAAAAAGAGGGUGCUGGAAAGUGUGCAGAUCCAGCUGAGGAUGAUGGGGGUGAAGGAGCAUCCGGUUUUCAGCGAGGAUAUUUGA